AUGGCGUUACGAGAACAGCCAAUAGCAUUAUCAUCACUGCCUAUGAAUGAUACCUGUAAACAGAUAAUUCCAACAUAUGUAACAUAUGAUCAUCCUACUACAAAAUGGCUAAUUAACACAUUUCGUAACAGUUCUGUUAAACGUCUAACAGUUAUGAUUAAGGAAAGACCAAAUAUAUUUAAGCAUAUCUAUCAAAUCUAUGAUUGUCCAGCUGAGAUUCGGUCGGAUCCAAAUGAUUUGAAAUAUUUACUUAGUAGUACAGCUGUAUUAUAUUUUCAUCCAUUAUGUUUAGCUAUUUAUAUGCGCUAUAAAAGUGCUGUAGACGCUUUAUUACUAUCCGGCUUAUGUAGUCCACUGGAAUAUAGUUAUGCAUCAGAAGUAUAUGUUCAAGUACAAGGCAAUAAUGGAGGUGAUUUAUUAGAAGUACUACCAUCUUGUGUAGCUAUACGUCGACAAUGUUUAGAUGUUUUACCUAUUUUAUUCAAAUCAACGUCAUGUUUGCAUUUUCCAGCCUAUUCACCGCGUACAUCAUUCAGUCUACGUUAUAUGAGUAAACGUGUACAAAAAUCUUUGACAUAUGAUGAUCUAUUUCAUUAUUGUAUAGAAUUAGCUCAAGUUAAUCGAUUUAUCAAUAUAGUAUGUACAUUAUUUACACUUAUUUUUAAAUGUUCAGGAUUUUAUAAACCUGGUGGCUUAGGUGAAAGCAAAAAGUCACAAAAUUAUUCAUUAUUUCGUCGAUUGAUAUACACAGCCUUCUAUGUUGACAUUGAUAACCGUAUCACUUAUCCACUGAUACAGUGUAUGGAGUUAUUGAUGAAAGCUUCACACUUUCGAAAAACAUUUUGUUAUCAGUUGCCUACAACCUGA